AUGUCAGGGCUUUUUGAAACGGUUCAUUCGUCGCUUGCCAAUAUUUUGAGCUGUAGUAAAGCUGGAAUUGAAGCGACACGGUUGAUUCAACCGCUUAUUCGGGUUAUUGAAGGUGGAUUUUUGGGGGAAAAGCUUAAAAUUGGGCUGAAAAUGAGCCGGGAAAUGGGGAUUUUGAGCGAUUUUGAGAGAUUUUGUUGCUCUGGCCGAAUUCCCGACAUUUCUAGGCCACUGGAAUUGUACGGCCACGUAAAUUUCAGAAAAAAAUAUAUGGCCGAAUUUUUCAGGUCGCCGAGAAUUGUCGGGAAUUCGGCCACGAAUGAUUUUCGUGUCUUUUGAGCGAUUUUGUUGCCGUGGCCGAAUUCCCGACGUUUUUAGGCCACCGCAAAAGUUCGGCCACGUGUAUAUUUCAGAAAAAUUACGUGGCCGAAGACUUUUCAGGUGGCCGAGAAAUGUCGCGAACUCGGCCACGCUCUCGAAAAUUAUGAUUUUCGAAGAAUUAGAGCAAUUUUGUUGCCGUGGCCGAAUUCCCGACGUUUUUAGGCCACCAAAAAAGUUCGGUCACGUGUAUAUUUCGUAAAUUUUAGAAAAAUAUGUGGCCGAAUUUUUCAGGUGGCCGAGAAAUGUCGGAAACUCGGCCACGCUCUCGAAAAUUAUGAUUUUCGAAGAAUUAGAGCAAUUUUGUUGCUCUGGCCGAGUUCCCGGCAUUGCUAGGCCACUGGAAAAGUUCGGCCACGUGUAUUUUUCGUAAAUUUCAGAAAAAUUACGUGGCCGAACUUUUUUGAUGGCCGAGAAAUGUCGGAAAUUCGACCACGCUUCAAAAUCAAUGAUUUUCGUGUCUUUUGAGAGAGUUUUGGGCUGUGGCCGAAUUCCCGACAAUUCUAGGCCACCGGAAAAGUUCGGCCACGUUUUUUAAAGGUGCUUUGAAUUUUGGGAAGCUCAAAAAUAUUUUUUUCGAAAUCUUUUAUGAAAAAAAUUUAAAUUCAAAUUUUAAACGUGAACUUCCACGUGUAAAUUUCCGAUUUUCUCCCCAAAAAACCCAAAUUUCAAACUUAUUUUUGAUUUCCAGCCGGUUCCGAAUACGUUUCAAAAGAAGAACGGGUCGCAUGUGCUGGAGCUGUUCUACUCGCCUCAAAAUUGCUGCUCCUUCAAAAUCAAAAUGCAAAUGAAUUGACGGGUUUGGAAAAAGUGGAACUUUUUCGAUUAUUUGAUCUCUGUUUGAUGAUUUUGGACAAAAAUCCGGCGAAUGUGAGUGUUUAAAACUUAUUUUUGUUGGAAAAUUUGAAUUUUUCGGGUCAAGUAGGAUUUGAGCUUUGAUUUGCACAAUUUUGGAUGGAAAUUGCUCAUUUUAGCAGGUGAAAAACUAUUGCUCAUUUUAAAAUUUCUGUCGCUAAAAAUAUUUAAAAUUCAAAUUUCUACGUGAAAAAAUUAAGCAUUGCUCAUAUUAAAGCCAAAAUUUAGAAUUCAAAAAAUCGAAAAAAAAAAUUAGCAUUGCUCAUAUUAAAGCCAAAAUUUAGAAUUCAAAAAUCAAUAAAAAACUGGCAUUGCUCAUAUUAAACUUACAAAACUUUUCCCAACUUCUUCCAGCUGCCCUCACUCCAAUACAUCAAUCUCCAACCAAUUUUGCUAGCCGAAUUCGAUUUCUGCGAUUCUCCAACAAAUCUCGAAUUCAGCGAUUUCAUCGAACAUCUCUUCGAUUUCAUCCAAACAUCGAAUCACCUCUCAAAUCCCUUCAAUUCUCCCAAAAAUCUCAUUGUUCUCAGCAAACAAAUCACAAAAUUCCUCAAAAUUCUCCUAGAUCCUCAAAAAGAUGUUGAAGUUCGCAAGAGAUCAGCGAGACUUUUGGAGAAGUUUUGCGAUAAAUGCGGGAUUCAAUCGCUGGCUACGGUAGCGCCGGGAAUUUUGUCGAAGUUGUUUAAUGUUCUGAGAAGUGAUGAGAGGUUUUUCGAGAUAUCUGAGAUGGUUUUGGAGAUCUUUGGGAAGAUCACAAUUAGAUGUUUGAGUGAAUCAGAUGCCUCCGAUGAAGAUCAGUCGAAUGGCUAUUCAGAAGAUCUGAAGGCAAUUCUAGUUGACCUGGAAACAUCGAGACAUCAAAUCGUCAAAAAUGUCAGGGAAUAUUUAAAAAUUAUUUGUGGAAACCUCGUGAAUCAUCGACAAACAUCAACGAAGAUUAAACUUCUAGAAAUUAUCAAAAUUCUACAUCCGAUUCUAGAAUUAGAUCCAAUUAUUCUAGAUGUUUAUCUGGUUUUGAAUAUGAAUUCAGAUUCAGAAGUCGCGAAAAAAUCUGUAGAGGAUUUAUUGAAUUUAAUAGAAGAUCAGAAGUUUUAUCAAAUCGCGGAUGUUUGAAAAAUUGGACGAAUUGACGAAUCGAAUUCCGGUGAUUGUGAGAAGUGGAACGAAUAUUGAGCCGACUUUUGAGAUGUUGAUUUCGGUGUUGUUUGGAAUUCGAGAGGAUUUGGAGAUGUUGUGUGUGACGAGAGCGAAUUGUGUGGUGAAUUUGAUACGGUACGGGGUUUUUGGGGCAGUUUUUGAGCUAACAUGAGCAAUGCUGAUUUUUUGGAAAAAUUUUCUGAAUCUUGAAUUCAUUUCGUAAAUCUUGAAAUUGAAUUUCAAAUUGAAAAUAUUGAAAAUUGAAUUUUGAAUUUAAAAAAACGCCAGAGAAAUCAUAACAUGAGCAAUGAUUUUCUAUCUGCGAUUUAAAAUGAGCAAUUUUGCCACCUGGCAGCCAUAAUGCUCUUUUUCAUAAAGCUUAACAUGAGCAAUGCUGAAAAAAUACAUAUUAAGCCUAUUUUUCAACAUUGCUCAUGUUAAGCUAUAUCUUAUUGUUAGCCACAGAAAACGCUCUAAAAUAUUUUUGAAAAUUAAUUUAACAUGAGCAAUGCUAGUUUUUUCGCUCGUAAAAAUUGAGAGUUUUGAAUUUCACAUGAUUUUUUUAGCGCCAGAAAUCAUGAGCAUUCUGAUUUUUCUAACAUGAGCAAUGUCAGAUGUUUUUUGUGAAAAUUUUGUAAAUUUUGAAUUCUAAAUUUUGGAGCCAAAAAAUAUAAUAUGAGCAAUUCCACAUGUUUUUUCUAAUUUUUUUGAAUUUUUUUGGCCUCGUGGCGUUUUUUCUAACAUGAGCAAUGUUGGAGCAGCUAUUAUGCUUUUUUUUAAAUAUGAGCAAUGGCAGAUGUUUUUUGUAGAAAUUUUGUAAAUUUUGAAUUGAAAAAUUUGAAAAUUGAAAAUUGAAUUCUGAAUCAAAAUAAACACCAGAAAUUAUAAAAUGAGCAAUGUUAAACCGAAAAAAUUGAAAUUUUGAAUUUUGAAUAUUUUUUUAGCGCCAAAAAAUUUAACAUGAGCAAUGCUGGUUUUUUCCCGAAAAAAAUUGGAGUUUUGAAUUCUGAAAAAAGUUUAAAAUGAGCAAUUUUGCCACGUGGCAGCCAUAAUUCUCUUUUUGUUUCAUAUGAGCAAUGUCAGAUGUUUUUUGUAAAAAAAAUUUUUGAAUUUUUUGGCUUCGUGCCAUUUUUUCUAACAUGAGCAAUGCUGGAGAAGCUAUAAUGCUCUUUUUUUUUAUUAAAUAUGAGCAAUGUCAGGUGGUUUUUGUGAAAAUUUUGUAAAUUUUGAAUUGAAAAAUUUGAAAAUUGAAAACUGAAUUCUAAAUAAAUUUUUUUGGCUUCGUGGCAUUUUUCUAACAUGAGCAAUGCUGUUUUUGGAAAAAAAUUUGUGAAUUUUGAAUUCUAAAUUUCUGUGCCUUAACAUGAGCAAUGCUAGUUUUUUUCCCCGAAAACAAUUAGAGUUCUAAAUUUUGGCGCCAGAAAAUUUAAAAUGAGCAAUGCUAUUUUUAUCUGCGAUUUAAAAUGAGCAAUUUUCACUCGGUGCAGUCAUAAUUCUCUUUUUUAUAUAGCUUAACAUGAGCAAUGCUGAAAAAAUGCAUAUUAAGCCUAUUUUUCAACAUUGCUCAUGUUAAGCUAUAUCUUAUUGUUAGCCACAGAAAACGCGGAUUGCUCAUAUUAUUCUUGAUAUGAGCAAUGAAUUUGUUUUGAAUUCUAAAAAAAAUAUAAAAUGAGCAACUUUUUUGCCACGUGGCAGCCAUAAUUUAACAUGAGCAAUGAUGCAUUUUUCUUAAAUUACAGUAUUUUUUUCCAGAAGUCUUACGGAUAGCAUAAAAAUCGAUCUGAAACGCCUAAUGAUCACGAGAGCUGAAAGCACUUCGAACAUCUGUGAACACUUGCAAAAAUUCCCGCUCCAAUUCAAUGUCAAAUCAAAAAACGUGGAAAAAAUCGCGAAAAUUCUCUGGAAUCCCGAAUUUAUUGAUUUGAUUUUUGAAGAAAUUCAACAUUCGACUUCGAAUUCCAGAAAAUGUAGUCUGAUUUUGAUUUUGGCCAAUUCUUUGGAUGGAAAUAGUAUUGAAGAAUCGCGGAUUUAUCAAAUUUCCGAAUAUUUUCUGGAAGUUUUAGAGGAACUGUUUUGGAAAAAUCAGAAGAAUUCAGAGAAUUUCGAAUCGUGCUUGGAAAGUUUGAUUUGCAUUUGUUUGGCGAAAUUUGUCGCCUUUUUCGAAGUGAAAAAGAAACAAAAAUCGAAAAAUCUCAUCGAAAUUCUGUUUUUCCUCUUAUUGGAAACCGCGUCGAAUUCAUGGAUCACUUCGGAAGCGGCACAAUUUGGAUUAGAAAGUUUGGGAGAGGUUUGAGCUUUUAAUUUGGGGAAAAAUGCUCAAAUUUGGGGAAAAAUGCUCAAAUUUUGAUUCAAAAUGCAUUUUCUACGCAAAAAUACAUGGCCGAAGUUUUUCUGGUGGCCGAGAAGUGUCGGGAACUCGGCCACGGAUGAUUUUUUGUGGAAUUUGAGCGUUGGCCGAAUUCCCGACAAUCCUCGGCCACCUGAAUUGUUCGGCCACGUAAAUUUCAGAAAAAAUACAUGGCCGAAGUAUUUUGGUGGCCGAGAAAUAGUCGGGAAUUCGGCCACUAAUGAUUUUUUGCCUUGGCCGAAUUCCCGACAAUCCUCGGCCACCUGAAAUAGUUCGGCCACGUUAAUUUCAGAAAAUUACAUGGCCGAACUUUUCUGGUGGCCGAGAAAUGUCGGGAAUUCGGCCACUGAUGAUUUUUGAGCGCAUUUUUUGCCUUGGCCGAAUUCCCGACAAUCCUCGGCCACCUGAAAUAGUUCGGCCACGUAAAUUUCAGAAAAAUUACAUGGCCGAAGUUUUUUUGAUGGCCGAGAAAUGUCUGGAACUCGGCCAUUGAUGAUUUUUUGUGUCAUUAGAGCGAGUUUGAUGCUCUGGCCGAAUUCCCGACAAUUCUAGGCCACCUGAAACUAGAGUCUAGUUUAUUUUUUUAGUUAAAAAGUGUUAAAAAUGUUCAAAUUUUGAUGGAUAAUCGAAACUAGAGUCUAGUCGGUCACGUUUUUUGCUGAAAACUAGAGUCUAGUCUCAUUUUGUUGUGAAAUUUCCAAAAAAUUCUGAAUUUUCAGCAAAAAUCGAUAAAAACUACGGAAAAACAACGACACUCCGCUGGUACGUACGGACGGAGUGUCGUUGUUUUUUUUUCAUUUUUGCGCGUAGGAUUCGGUGUUCGGUGUUGACACACUCUCACAAAAAUUCAAAUAUUUUGCAGACUGAUUCAAGUACAGUACCCGAAACCAUGUCAAAAUAUGGAUCUUACCUAGUUCAUCGAAUCACUUUGGCUUCAACUUCAUCUCAAUAUUAUCCAUUUGCACCGAUUGUUUUUCAACAAUUUUUGAAUCGUUGCAAUGAUUCCGAAUUUUUCGAUCAAUCUCUUGUUAUUGUACAAAAAUUGCUGAUUUCGCUGGACAAUUUCGAGCAGAAAAAUACGAUUUCAUGUUUGAGAGCGCUGAAAGCUUUUGUGAUGGCUGUGAAUCGAUGGUUUCCGGAAUUGGAGGUGAGGUUUAGGGUCGAUUUUAGGCCGAGAAACGGGCUUCAAAAUGAGCCUAAAUAAGCCUGAGUUUAGGCCCAAUUUCAGGCCUUAAAGUGGGCUUCAAGAUGAGUCUAGAUAAGCCUAAAUUUUAGGCCCGAUUUUCGGCCGUAAAGUGGGCUUGAAAAUGGGCCUGAAUUGGGCUUAGUUUAGGCCCAAUUUUGGGCUUCAAAAUGAGCCUAAUUAAGCCUGGUUUUAGGCCCAAUUUCAGGCCGUGAAGUGGGCUUCAAAAUGAGCCUAAAUAAGCCUGGUUUUAGGGCCCAAUUUUAGGCCUUAAAGGGCUUCAAAAUGAGUCUAGGAACGCCUGGUUUUAAUCCCAAAUUCAGGCCGUGAAGUGGGCUUCAAAAUGAGCCUAAAUAAGCCUAAUUUUACAAGGAAUGGUUUUCAAUGUUCCCUCUCAAGGAAAAAAUCGAGAGUAUGUGGAAUGUUGAGGGUUCCCGUGGUAAGAAAACCCUAACGGGAAUAAGGAGAAAAUGCCUUAUUCUCGAGAAAAAUGUAUUUUAGGUCGAUUUUUACACCAUUUUUUGAUUUUUAGAGCAUCUGUAACUCGAUUUUGAAUCUAUUUCAUGAACUUUUCAGGCCGUGAAGUGGGCUUCAAAAUGAGCCUAAAUAAGCCUAAGUUUAGGCCAAAUUUUAGGCUUCAAAAUGAGCCUGAUUAGGCUUAGUUUAGGCCCAAUUUCAGGCUUUAAGAUGAGCCUAAAUAAGCCUAAGUUUAGGCCCAUUUUCAGGCCUUAAAGGGCUUCAAAAUGAGCCCCAAUAAGCCUAAGUUUAGGCCCGAUUUUAGGCCUAAUUGCAGGCCUCAAAGGGCUUUAAAGGCGCACGCUGGAGUACGGUAUAACCUGCACAUCUAACUCAAAAUAACUCGAAAUUGGACAAAAACCAACGGGUGGUACUGUAUGUUCCUUUAAAAAGCUCAUCUAUUUUUUUCCAGGGCCUAGAUCAGGCUCAAUUUUAGGCCUUAAAGGGCCUCAAAAAAAGUCUAGAUAAGCCUGAGUUUAGAUCCGAUUUCAGGUUUUAAAGGGCUUCAAAAAAUCUAAAUAGGCCUAAGUUGGGCUAAGUUUUAGGCUUCAAAAUGAUCCUGAAUUAGGCUUAGUUUAGGCCCAAUUUUAGGCCCAAUUUUAGGCCUUGAAGGACUUAGAGAUAAAUCUAGAAAAGCCUGAGUUUAGGCCCAAUUUCCAACGGGGCCUUAAAGGGCUUUAAAAUGAGCCCCAAUUUUUUUCCAGGCCUAAGUUUAGGCCUAAUUUUAGGCCUUAAAAGGCUUCAAAAUGAGCCUAAGAAAGUCUGAGUUUAGGCCCAUUUUCAGACCUUAAAAUGGUUCAAAAUGAGCCUAAGAAAGCCGAAGUUUAGGCCCGAUUUUAGGCCUUAAAGGGCUUCAAAAUGAGCCUAGAAAAGUCUGAAUUUUUGCAGCCAAUAAAAAUGAAAAAUGAAGAAUCUGACGAAGAAAAAUCGAUACCCACAAAUCAAAUGAUAAUCGUCGAAAAAAAUUCUGACACGCACAAAACACAUGAUCUCCUCAGAAGUUCUCGCAAUUCAAAUUGUCACCCUGGAAAUUAUUGA